AUGUCUAAACAACCAAACUUCCUCGUUAUUCUUGCCGACGAUCUGGGGUUCAGUGAUAUCGGAGCAUUUGGCUCGGAGAUAUCUACCCCAAAUCUGGACAAGUUGGCGAAGAAUGGCCUUCGCCAAACAGGUUUCCACACUGCAUCGGCCUGCUCGCCCACCCGGUCGAUGCUUAUGAGCGGAACCGAUAACCAUUUGGCUGGCUUGGGUCAGAUGGCUGAAACAAUAGCACGAGAUCCAUUCUACCAAGGGCACAAGGGUUACGAGGGAAUGUUGAACGAUCGCGUUGCAGCUUUACCCGAAAUUCUCUCCGAUGCUGGCUAUGAAACCAUCAUGUCCGGCAAAUGGCAUCUCGGUCUUCCGAAGCACGCACAACCUCAUGCCCGAGGGUUCCAAAAAGUGUUCGGGCUUCUGCCAGGUGCUGGUAAUCACUAUCUAUACGAACCAUUCCUCGACGACAGCACUCCGGCAAUGAAAUUUCUUCCCCCUUUAUACGUAGAUGGGCCCGAACAGAUCUCGCACAAAGAUAUCCUUGGGCCGUUUUAUUCCUCGACCUACUUCACUGACCGAAUGUUGGGUUUCCUGAAGGAACGAAACACGGAGAAACCCUUCUUCGCCUAUUUGCCUUACACAGCCCCGCAUUGGCCACUACAGGCCCCUGACGAGGAGAUAGCCAAAUACAAAGGUCGAUAUGAUGCAGGACCAGAAGCUUUGCGUUUAGAAAGACUGGAACGAUUAAAACAGCUCGGUCUGAUCUCCAAAGAUGUGUCACCUCAUCCGAUUAUGAGCCCGUAUGGUUACAAGUCCUGGGACGAGCUUUCGCCUGAGGAACGUGCCAUCAGUGCGAAAAAGAUGGAAGUGUAUGCCGCCAUGGUGACCGUGAUGGAUAAGGAGAUUGGGCGGGUCAUCCAGCUGCUCGAAGACCGUGGCGAAUUAGAAAACACUUUUGUAUUUUUCUCAAGCGAUAAUGGGGCGGAAGGUGCUUUGCUUGAGGCUAUCCCAGUUAUGGGUGAUCAGAUAAAAAAGACGGUCGAGAAAUUCUUCGACAACAGUAUCGAGAACAUUGGUAGAGGAAACUCGUGGACGUACCUUGGACCUCAUUGGGGUCAAGCAGCAACGGCACCGUCGAAGAUGUACAAAGCAUGGGCCACAGAGGGUGGUAUACGAUGUCCAAGCAUCAUACACUAUCCGAAACUAGGUGGUAUAUUGAAGCAAGAUAACGGUGUCACACAUGAGUUCACCACGAUAAUGGAUAUUCUACCCACAGUUCUCGACUUGGCAGGGGUCCAGCAUCCAGGAGAUGAAUUCAGAGGUCGAAAGGUGCACAGACCAAGAGGAAAAUCAUGGGCACCGUGGUUGUCGGGUCAGAGAAAGGAAGUUCAUGAUGAGAAUGCAAUUCAUGGUUGGGAAUUGUUCGGUCAAGCCGCCAUAAGACAGGGCAGAUGGAAGGCCGUGUGGUUGCCGCCUCCUACAGGCAAGGAUCAGUGGCUGUUAUUCGAUCUUGAUCAAGAUCCCGGGGAGACGAAAGACUUAGCAGAGGCGCAUCCCCAGAAAUUACAACAGUUAGUUGCAUUCUGGCAUGAGUACGAAGCAGAGACAGGAACAAUCGUGAAUAUGGCUGAUCCCGGCGUGGGAGGGUUUGGGAGAAGUACCGGAAUAAAUUGGGACGAUUGGGGACAUUAA